AAUAAAACACAGUUAUUAUAAUUAAGACAUUUGAUCUAUACCAUUACAUAACCGGUUUAAUCACGAUAACAACAUUAUACAAUGUUGUUAAAGAAGAUUCAAACUGCUAUUGCGUACAAUGUCUCCUUAGUCUUGCCCUCUGUUGUCAAGGCUCACCUAGGCGCGCGCCUAGGCCCACUUUUCAGGCCCAUCCCAGCCUUCUUGCUUCGCUUCAAAAGCCCCACUUUCAGGCCCUCAGGCGCAUUUUCAUGUCAAAUUCCAACAAAAUUCCGGUCAAAAAUCAUUUGAACCGGUUUAAGCAUGUUUGAAACAAUUAUAAGAAUCAUAAACAAGCCUAAAAACGACCAAAAACAACUUAAACUAGCCAUAACGAAGCCAAAAACAUGUCUAAAAUCCCUAAAAAUUGUAUUUUUAUACUAACAACUCGUCUAAAAAAGCCCUCGCUUUUUAAGCGCCUUGCAUUGAGGUCCAAGGCUCACCCUUUUUUGCCUUGAGUGCGCCUUUGACAACUAUGGUCUUGCCGCAAGAUUUUAAACCCACGACCGACUCCGACACGAAAGCAAGUUUUAAAAAGGUUUAGGAAGAACUAAAGAAGUAAUGGAUUGGAUGUUUUAUGUUUUUAUAUAUGAAAUUAAGCAAAGUAGAAAAGACCAAGGACUUACUUGAACUCCACAAAAACAUAAAAGGAUGCAAACAACCAUAUCAUCAAAAAGCCAACUACCUUUUCCCCACUACACUUGAUCAUCUUCCUCAAUUAUUAUCACCUUUUUCACAAUAUCCACCAUUGAAGAUCUUCUUCAACACCUUCUUCAUCUUCUGACUGACACAGACAUCAACUUCAUCCUCAUCCUCAUCCUCAUCCUUCUUCAACUUUUAUUCAGACCUAUAUUCUUGUCCUUUUCCACAUCAUUCUCUUGUCAAUUUCCCCUUCAACCCCAUUAAUAUUCCUCUACCACCAUCACCAUCACCAUCAGUCAUCACCAUCAUCACUACCACAACAAUCAUGCUUCAAUCUCUUCACCUUCAACCCCCACCCCCCACAAACUCCUCCUCACCAAUCAUGAACACCAACACCUCAAAACGCACCAUCAACAAUAACAAUAACAACUUCGCCGGAGAAAACAUUGACUUCUCCGGUGCCGGUGCAGGUUCCGGUGCAGGUUCCGGUGAUGUUGCCGGUGAUGGUGAUGGUUCUCCUUCUCGCAGCUGCAAACGACGGAACAUUGAAGAGAGUAAUGAUGAUGAUGAUCAAUUAACAACAGUUGAAGCGGAAUCAUCAGGUUUAAGACUGUUAGGUUUACUGCUACAAUGCGCCGAGUGCGUAGCGGUUGAUAACCUAGACCACGCGAACAAUCUGUUACCGGAGAUUUCAGAACUGUCAUCUCCGUUCGGUUCUUCGCCGGAGCGUGUAGCGGCGUACUUCGCCGAAGCGUUACAAGCACGAAUCAUCAGUUCAUACAUCGGAACUUACACGCCGCUCACGUUCAAAACCAAAACCCUAGCCCUAGCUCAAAACCAGAAGAUAUGCAACGCACUUCAAUCCUACAAUUCAAUCUCUCCGUCAAUCAAAUUCUCACAUUUCACAGCGAAUCAAGCGAUUUUCCAAGCGUUAGAAGGUGAAGAAACCGUUCAUAUUAUAGAUCUAGACAUCAUGCAAGGUCUCCAGUGGCCAGGAUUGUUCCACAUCCUCGCUUCCAGACCUCGCAAAAUCAAAUCGCUUAGAAUCACCGGCGUUGGCUCUUCGAUUGAACUCCUUAACGCCACCGGCCGUCGUCUUCACGAUUUCGCUAAUUCUCUCGGUCUUCCGUUCGAAUUCGUCCCUCUCGAAGGUAAAAUCGGCAACAUCUGUUCAGAUCUGAAUAAUAUCAGUUCAGAUCUGAAUAAUCUGCAUAAUAAUAUGAAUAAUUUGAAUAACAUGAGUACAGAUCUGAAUAACAUGAACAAUAAUUUGAUGAAUAAGCUCGGAGUGAGAUCCGGUGAACCUGUGGUGGUGCACUGGAUGCAUCACUGCUUGUAUGACGUCACUGGAAGCGAUUACGAAACCCUAAGGUUACUAAACGUACUAAAACCUAAACUGAUAACAAUCAUCGAGCAAGAUCUGAGCCACGGCGGGAGUUUUCUCGGGCGGUUUGUGGAGGCGUUGCAUUACUACUCCGCCUUGUUCGACGCCGUCGGCGACGGAAUUGAGCCGGAGAAUGUGGAACGGUAUACAGUGGAGCAGCAACUGUUUGGAUGUGAGAUAAAGAAUAUUGUGGCGGUUGGUGGGCCGAAGAGGACUGGUGAAGUGAAAGUGGAGAAAUGGGGGGAGGAAUUGGGCCGGGUCGGGUUUGGGCCGGUUUCUUUGGCGGGUAACCCGGCUUCGCAAGCGAGUUUGUUGUUGGGGAUGUUUCCGUGGCGAGGGUAUACGUUGGUCGAGGAAAACGGGUGUUUGAAAUUGGGGUGGAAAGAUUUGAGUUUGUUGACGGCUUCCGCUUGGCGGCCGUUGGAUUGAUCGGGAAAGUCAACGAUUGGGUUUGAUCAACGGUGGAGAUUGAUUGGUCAAUGUUAGAAUAAGGAUAAGAAAUCGGAAAAUUACAAAAAUGGUCAUUGAUUAAAAACUCACUUUCAGAUUUGGUCACCUCGUGCCUUCUUGGAGCGACACAUCAUUCACGGAUGCAUCUUUGGAAAUCCAUUGGACGUGUUUGAGCCCAUCUGCACCAUUUGAAACAUCACGUGUUCAUUUUUUAUUGGGUGCUUAAGAUGUCUGCAUAUGGACAUUUCAAGUGUUUGAGAUGUCGCUCUAAGAACGUAUAAGAUAGCCUUUUCUGAUAGUUAUGGUGGUCAACGGUUAUUUUGGUAAUUUUUCUUUUGUGAAAAAUUGUUUUGAGAAUUUUUUUGGUUAUGGAUAAUAAAUUAUAAAUUAUUAUUGAUUAGCGUUGGAUCACUACAAUUGAUGUGACAACGUUGGAUGAAUAAUUUAUAAUUGUUGUUGAUAUC